GCUGUCGGAAGAAGAUGAAGAAGAGGGCUCUAUGCUGAAGAAGAUGAAGACAGAGGAUAAAAUUCCAGGCUUUAUUGACUAUGUUUUCUCUUGGUCAAUUGCUGAUAUAUUGAACACAGAUCUUUACAAGGAUAAGGUGAAUCCAAUUCCAGACACAUUCUCAUCAUCAGUUAAUUAUUUGGAGUCAUUCGUCAACCCUCUUCUCGAAGAAACGCACGCCGACUUACGCUCCAAUAUGCUGAGUGUGUACUCUGCACCUGUAAGCGAAAUAUGCGGUGUCCAGACAAGGGGGAUACCAGCACUUUCAGACAACUUAUCAUAUUCAAUAGCGUUGAAUAAUAAUCGAAGGAAUAAUUACGAACCGGGGCAUGGCGAUUUAAUUGCGAUAACGGAUGUGAGACCGAAUUGCAUUGAUGAUUUGAACAGGCCUAGAAUAUCUUAUGUUCUUGGUUUAGUCGAAGGGACAAAGGAAAAAGUAUCGAAUAUGAUUCCGAUUCUGUCGUCGAAAACUAUUGCAUUCGACCGAGAAAGAGACACACUCUUUGCUGUGUUCCUUACAAACUUGACAACAAACAGGCAGAUAUGGAAUGCAUUGCAUCACGGUGGACAAGGAAAUACAGACAUCAUUAAUUCCGUUCUUAAAAUCGAUCCAUUAGCUUUAUUGUAUGGUGUGAAGGUUGAAGAGGAGUGUAGUCUUUGCUCGUCUACGGAGAACGAGAGGGUUAAUCGUUCAAAGGCAAGAAAAGUAAUUGAGACCCUCGGGCUUAAUCGAUCCCAAGAAACGGCCGUUUUGAAUUGCGUUGCGUUAAAAGAAUGUGUCCAUGGAAGUAGGGUGAAGCUGAUAUGGGGCCCACCUGGAACCGGAAAAACGAAAACGGUGGCUUCGUUACUGUACACGCUUUUGCAAAUGAAGUGCAGGACACUGAUUUGUGCUCCGACUAACGUCGCUGUAACAGGAGUGGCAAAGCGGUUGAUGAGUUGUUUAACUAGUGGCAAAUUGGAGAAUAAUAUAACUUACGGGCUGGGCGAUAUAGUUUUGUUCGGAAACAUGAAGAGAAUGGAGAUUGUCGGGCACAAAGAUUUGCACGAUGUAUUCCUUGAAAAUCGUAUUUCGGUAUUAGCUCAAUGUUUCGCCCCACACUCUGGCUGGAAAGGUAGUGCAUGCGAGAUGACGAGCCUACUUGAAAACCCUAAACGCGAGUACAAUCAUUACUUGGGAAAUCCAUACGAGAUGAACGAACACGACUUUCCGUUGGCAUUCGAGGACUUCUUUAGGGAGAAGUUAUUCGUACUCGGGAAGCAGUUGGCCUUUUGUAUAACAGGGUUGUACACUCAUUUGCCUACUCGGUUUCUUCCUUUGGAAGUAGUGAAGGAAAUGGUUAGAGUUCUCGAUAAGCUACAAUCACUCGAAACUUUACUGCAGAGUGUCAGUAAAGAGUGGUUACAGCGAGCAUUGAUUGAUAAGGGAGAAGAGAGAGGUUUGAUUAACCGAAAGGAAGAGAGUUUCGAUAGUUUAAUGAUACGUAGCAUCAAAUUGCAGUGCCUGGAAGAAUUGAAAAGCAUCCGUGAAACUUUCUCGGAGCCGAAUUUUAAGGAAUCUCGUGGAAUCAGGAACUUUUGCUUGUCGAAUGCAUGCUUGAUUUUUUGCACUGCUUCAAGCUCAGGUAAGUUGCACGCACGGGAAAUGACGGUACCGUUAGAAAUGGUGAUAAUAGACGAAGCAGCACAGCUUAAGGAAUGCGAGUCGACUCUUCCAUUACAGAUACCUGGUCUUCGCCAUGCUGUACUUGUCGGCGAUGAGAAACAACUCCCUGCUAUGGUUACAAGCAAGAUAUGUGAGAAAGCUGGAUUCGGGAGGAGUUUAUUCGAGAGGCUUGUGAAGUUAGGACACAGCAAACACCUUCUCAAUAUUCAGUACCGAAUGCAUCCUUCCAUUAGUUUGUUUCCGAAUAACGAGUUUUACGGAAAACAAAUUACCGAUGGCCCAAAUGUUAUAGAAAGAGCCUACGAAAAAGGAUUCCUCGACGAAAAAAUAUACAGCCCGUUUUCUUUCAUAAAUAUAACAAAUGGGAAAGAGGAGUUCGAUAACCGGCAUAGUCGGAGGAAUAUGGUGGAGGUCUCUGUGGUUACGGAGAUAGUGUCCAAGCUCUAUAAAGAAUGUAUGAAGUCGAAGAAAAGGGUCCGUGUUGGUUGCAUAUCGCCAUACAAAGCACAAGUAUUCGCAAUUCAAGAAUCACUUGGAAAUUCUAAUUACAGCACCGAUGCAAAUGAUUUAUUUUCGGUAAACGUGCGGUCUGUCGAUGGUUUCCAAGGUGGUGAAGAAGAUGUGAUUAUUAUUUCUACCGUUCGUUGCAAUGGGAGUGGAUCCCUCUGUUUUCUCGAUAAUCGUCAAAGGGCCAACGUAGCUUUGACUAGAGCAAGGUACUGUCUUUGGAUAUUGGGUGACGGCAAAACUUUGUUGAACAGCCGCUCGGUUUGGCAAAAGUUAGUCACUGAUGCUAAAAAACGGGGCUGUUUUUAUAAUGUGUACGAGGAUAAAAACUUGUCACUCGCUGUGACCAACGCUCUAAUUCGACUUCGGCAGUUCAAUUCCUUGUUUAGUACGGAUUCUAUACUGUUCAAAGUGUCUAACUGGAAGGUAUUAUAUUUUACGAUUGCUUAGUGACUAAUCAACGUAGCAUUAGUGACAAUAUAUGUUUUGUCA